CGGCGCGCAUGCGCAGGAGGAGAAACUCUGCCCGGGCUCUCCGGCUUCUCCGAGCUGCGCGACACGGAACUCUUCGGGGGAUGUUUCAGUGCUGGGCUAGGCUGCAGCCUUGGCGGCUGGGAGGCUACUCCACCCUCUGGGGGAGGAGCCUGGCUGGCAGUCCCCGCCCACCGUCCCGCUAUCUAAGUCCCCUUGCUGCUUCUGGCCGCCACCCAGCCUGGCGGUCUUCUCCGUUCUGGAGGGUGGACGACUUCCGCCUCUCGGUUCCCGCCGGCCAGCCUGCUUUGACCCUCUGGAGACCCUCCUCCCAAGGCUCCUCUGAGCCCCCCCGACCGGAGCCCCAAUAUCCUCUGAGGACCCGCCUGCUGGUGGUCUCCAUCGUGACUCUUCAGCUGGUGCUGGCGUGGCUGUAUUUCCGGUCGGAGAAGGAGAAACUGGACAAGCAGAAACGCAUCGAGGAGUUGAGGAAAGUGGCGAUCGGGCAAGGCAAUUUCCAGCUGGUGGACCACACGGGGCGUCCUUGCUCCAAGGAGGACCUCAAAGGCAGCUGGAUCCUUCUCUACUUCGGCUUUACUCACUGCCCAGAUAUCUGUCCGGAAGAGCUGGAGAAGAUGAGUCGAGUGGUGAACAUGUUGGACGCCGACCCCAAACUGCCCCGUCUCCAGCCCGUCUUCAUCACCGUGGACCCCGAGCGGGAUACGGUGGAGGCCGUGGCCAAGUACGUGAAGGAGUUCCAUCCACGGCUGCGGGGGCUGACCGGCACACCGGAACAGGUGCAGAAGGCCGGCCGGUCUUACCGCGUCUACUAUAGCACCGGCCCCAAAGACGAGGACAAUGAUUAUCUGGUAGACCACACGGUCAUUCUGUACCUCCUCAGCCCGGACGGGCUGUUCUUGGACUACUACAACCGGUACAAGACGGACGUGAAGAUUGCGGAGAGCAUCCGGGGACACAUGGCCACUUACAAGACUCUCCUCGCCUGAGCCGGAGGGGGGGGGGGAAGCG